CUGACAUGCGCUCCACGAUAUACGCACGGCGCGUUUUGACCUUAGGGAGAGCAGGCCUGGGCCCCUGACCCAGGAACAGACCACAGGUGGGGGAGGGGUAACCACGUGUGUCGUCACCCUUCAGCACGCUGGCCAGCUCCCAUGAAAGUCUCCGUCCUCCAGCGGCUCAUCCUCCUCGUCCGCGCCGGUCUGGGUCAUCAUGGACCUCCCGGACGUUCUCUCCGCCGCCUUCCUGGUCGCGGUGGCUCUCGUCUCGCUCCUCUCCAACGCGCUGGUGCUGCUCUGCUUCCUCCACAGCACCGAGAUCCGCCGCCAAGUCCCCGGCGUCUUCGUCAUGAACUUGUCUCUCUGCAACAUCCUGAUCACCCUGCUCAACAUGCCCGCCACCGCCGCCGGCAUCCUUCGGCGUCAGCAGCCCUUCGGGGGACCGCUGUGCAGCACCGUCAGCUUCAUGGACACCUUCCUCACCGUCAACGCCAUGUUGGGCGCGGCGGCGCUCAGCAUCGACCGCUGGAUCGCGGUCGUCUUCCCGCUGAGCUACUCCGCCAAAAUGCGCUACAAGGACGCUGCGGUGAUGGUGUGCUACUCCUGGAUGCACUCCUUCACCUUCGCCCUCACGGCGCUGCUCUUCUCCUGGCUGCGCUACAGCGACGCGUUCGCGUCUUGCACCCCUGCAAAGAGGCGCGGCGACCGGCUGAAGUUCGCCGUCUUCACCGCGGUCUUCCACGCCGGAAGUUUCGCGCUGUCGCUCCUCACGCUGUGCGUCACCUACCUGAAAGUGCUCCAGGUGGCCAGGUUCCACUGCAAGAGGAUCGACGUGAUCACCAUGCAGACCCUGUUCCUGCUGGUGGACGUCCACCCGAGUGUGAAGCAGCGAUGUAUUGCAGAGCAAAAGAGGCGGAAGCUGAGAGCCACCAAGAAGAUCAGCAUCUUUAUCGGCUCCUUCCUUGUCUGCUUUGCUCCCUACGUGAUCACCAGGUUAGCGGAGCUCCUCCCCUUUGUGGACGUUAACCGUCGCUGGGGCAUCAUCAGCAAGUGCCUGACGUACAGCAAGGCCGCCUCAGACCCCUUCGCCUACUCCCUCUGGCGCCAGCAGUACAAGAAGGUAGCGCUCCGCGUAUUCAACCGCCUGCUCCGUCGCAACCUCCCGUCAUCGGACCAAAACAGCUCGCUGGAUACGGAGAGCGAUUAUUGCCUGCAGAGGGUCAGCUAGCAUCCCGUGGCUGCAUGGCGGUAAAAUAAAAACAAACCCUUAGUGGGUGGCGAGGUGUUCGUGGGAGUCGGCCAAGGCCAGACUGAUGGCAUCGAAAGGGCGAGGCAGCUUUAGAAAACAAGGGAGGGUGAGUCUUUGGCCGCUCUGAUGAUGAAUCUAUUCCAUCAGACAAGUUAUGGGAUGGUUCUCCAAGUUUUUGGACUUUCGGGACCACCAAUUCUGGAAGCUCUUAUCUGGAAUCAACGGUCUGUAGCUUUCCGAGAAAGACUUAAGGUUCGUCGGCUGGCUUUUUAGUCACUGUCCAGUCCAAAAUUCUCAUGAACAGUAGCUGUCUUGUGAUGUUUUCAUAGGAUCUGAUAUCUGCUCCAAAUUGGACAUUUUUAAAUAGUGUUUAAACUCUGCUCCAACCCCCCCAAAAAAGGAUAGUGCACAUAUUUUACCCCAAAAACCGUGGUUUUGUGUUUUGAUGUCAUUUUGAUUAGUAAUCAGAAUACUUAAAAAAAAUAUAUAGCAAAUAUAACUGAUUUAUAAACACACCAAUUUGAAAUGAUCAUGAUUAUCAUCGUUGUCUUUUUGCAUGCAUUUUCAUUUUAUUUAUGAUUUUAUAAAGAAAAAUACAUCAAAACAUGCUUUUUUAAAAUUCCUUCAGGGUCAUUGACUGGCUUUUAUGCCACUGUUCGGUUAAAAAUGUUAACUAAGGGCAUAAUAAUGUUAUUAUGGUUCUUUGUUGAUAUUGUUUUAGUAAAUAUUUUGAUUAUAGUAAGGAUUAUGUCAAUAAAACCUACCAAAGUGCUUAUAUAAUAGUGUAUAUAAUACAACAGUCCCUUAAAAGAAGGCCAUUCAAAUCAAAUCAAAUCAACUUUAUUUAUAAAGCACAUUUAAAAUUUACCAAAGGGUAGCCAAAGUGCUGUACAAUAGGCAGGUUAAAAGAUAACACAAGAAAAAACGAGCAAACCAAACAUAACAAAACAGAGCACCAUUUAUAAAAAACAAAACAAAAAACAACAACAACAAAAACAUAGAAACAGGUUCACAGCAGGUGCAUUAUGGGAUGCCAUAGCUACAGCCAAGGCUAAGUUGAAUGUAUAUGGUGUAUCAUCAGGAAACCCCCACAAAAUAUCCUCCAGGUCAGUUGGCCAGCUUUUUAGUCACGGUUUGUUUUAAAAGUUGGAAUAUUAGGUCUGUUAUUAUGCUUUUUGGUAUUUUUGUCUUGUUCAGGGCAUUAAUAAUGCCCUGUAAUUCAAAACUGUUGUAGUGCCAGAUUGAAUAUGAAUAUUAAUACCGUUUACUGUUCUUUGUACAUGUGACUAGGUAAC